AUGGGGAAAUCACAGAGUAAGCUAUCACCUGAACAACUUGCGGAUCUUCAGAAGCACACGUACUUUGAUAAGCGGGAGCUACAACAAUGGUACAAGGGCUUCCUGAAAGACUGUCCGUCUGGCCACCUGGACAAGACCGAGUUCGGCCGGAUUUACAAGCAAUUCUUCCCCUUUGGAGACCCCGGCGAGUUCGCGGACUAUGUCUUCAAUGUCUUCGAUGAGAACAAGAAUGGCACAAUUGACUUCAAAGAGUUUAUAUGUGCACUCAGCGUCACGAGUAGAGGAAGGCUGGAUGAGAAGCUAAGAUGGGCAUUCCAGUUAUAUGACAUCGACGGCGACGGCUUCAUAACAUACCAGGAGAUGCUCAAGAUUGUUCAGUCAAUAUACAAAAUGACUGGCCAAAUGGUGAAGCUCCCGGCGGACGAGGACACACCAGAAAAGGCAAAUUCGGUCGCGUAUCAUUGUUGCACACUACUAACCUUUAUAUUUAGAAACAUGGACCGCAACAAGGAUGCCAAGCUUACGUAUGAUGAAUUUGUAGAAGGGAGCAAACAGGAUCCCACAAUCGUACAGGCCUUGUCAUUGUAUGAUGGUCUCGUAUGA